AUGACGCUGAACUCAAACUUGCCCAGCAUCUUGUCUGCCGUGCUUCCGACCAGCUUCAUCGGCCUGGUCGGUUCGCUCAUCGGUGCUCUCUUCGCCUACCAGGCAUACUACUGCAUCUACAACUACUUCUUCCACAAGCUCCGCAGUUUCCCAGGACCGAUAGGAUGUGCCGUCAGCAAGUUCCCCGUCCUCUACCACAUGUGGACGGGGGAUCUCCCACAAUGGCAGAACGCCCUGCACCAGAAGUACGGCGACGUCGUCCGCUACAGCCCCAAUGAACUCACCUUCUCCGGCGCCGACAGUCUCCGCGAUAUCCACGGCCACCGGGUGGGAUCGCACACCUUGGAAAAGGACCCUCGCUUCUACAAGAAUCCGGUCCGGGGCUCAGCGGUCGCCAUGACCUCCGCCAACUACGCCGACCACUCUCGCAUGCGCCGCGUCUUCUCCAAUGCCUUCUCCGACCGCGCGCUCAAGCUGCAGGAGCCGAUGUUCCUCAGAUACGUCGACCAGCUCGUGGCCAACCUCCGCCGGGGCUGCGCGCAAGACCCGGCCCGCAAAUGGAACAUGGUCCGGAUGUACAACUUCACGACCUUCGACGUCAUGGGCGACCUGACGUUCGGCGAUCCGCUCGGCAUGCUGGACAACGACGACUACCACCCGUGGGUCGCGACGAUCUUCCAGAGCAUCAAAUUCGGCAGCCUGAUCCACAUGAUGCGAUACUUCCCCGCCUUUGAAGAUUUCCUCUUCCGCGUCGUCCUGCCCCGCUUCGCCGCGGCGCGCAAAGGCAUGCAGGACCACAAGAACUUCACCAGCGAGCGAGUCGACAAACGUCUACACAAAAAGGACGCGCGCCCGGACAUCUGGGGCCUGGUGCUCCAGCGCGACGGCAGCGAAUCCGGCCUGACCCGCCACGAGAUGUACGAGAACGCCAGCGUGCUGAUGGUCGCCGGCACCGAGACCACGGCGACCCUGCUCUCCGGCCUGACCUACUACCUCCUGAAGAACCCCGAGCAGAUGAAGCGCCUGACCGACGAGAUCCGCUCCACGUUCCAGCACGAGUCGGACAUCACCAUCGAGAGGCUGCAGGCGAUGAAGUACGUGCACGCCUGCCUCGAGGAGGGCCUCCGCAUGUAUCCGCCCGUGCCCAACGGCCUGCCGCGGCUGACGCCCGAGGGCGAGACGACCACCAUCGACGGGAAAGCCAUCCCGGGCGGCGUCGGCGUCAUGGCCACCCACCUCGCCGUCUACCGCAACCCGGACAACUUCAAGAACCCGGAGACCUUCGCGCCCGAGCGGUGGCUGCCGGAGGAGAAGCAGUACGCGGGCGACAAGAAGCAGAGUUUCCAACCGUUCAGCCUGGGGCCUCGGGGAUGUCUCGGGAAGAACAUGGCAUACCACGAAAUGCGUCUGAUCCUGGUCAAGGUCCUGUACAACUUCGACCUCGAGUUAUGCGAGGAGAGCGACGACUGGGCCGACCAGAACGUCUUCAUCCUCUGGGAGAAGAAGGAUCUGAUGGUGCGCAUCAAGCCCGUCCAGGCCUGAGCCGGGGGAUGUAGGGGAUUAUCGGCUACCUACAGUAGUGAGGCAGUGAUGGAAAAUGUACUCAUGAAUGUGAACCAGACGUGUGAUGAGCCUUUCCUUUGCUUUCCAUGCGGCGCUGCGCACGGUUUUAUCAGCCUCGGGACGACAUCUCUUCCUACCGCAUCUCCACCGACGCAACAAGGAACAAUGACCGGGGGAAAAAUGUAAGCCACAUGAUAAUGUUCGCAAACAGCAGUCGGUGAUUGCAUGCGAUCUUCGAAAAUUGUCCCUCUCCUCGACCAAGAGAUCGGCAAAAACCUUCGAUUUCUAAAGGGCUGACCGCUGGAGAGAGCAUGGCAUCGCUGUCGCGUAGCUGUUGACAUGCCCCAGCGCGACGCAACCAAGCGAAAUGGCUCAUGGUACCACACUGUGAUG